AUGCUCGAAUGUUACACUGAAGCGUUAAGUCAUGCGUUUCCCGUCAUUGAUGAUCUGACAGAAUUUGACGAAUAACAAGCCAUUGCACGUUUGCCAUGCUUCGGGAAGCGGUAAUAGCAGUCGUUUAUGACAUUGAUUUUUUCCGUGAAAAUCUGUUUUUUGCAGAUGAACACUCCUUUCAUCUCCAAACGAUGCUCUGAAAUGCAGUGGUCGACAUUGAGGAUCAGCAUGAUGGGCUUAUAUGAAUUCAUUUGGAUGACAGGUGUAUUGAUGGCGCAGGAACAUUCUUAACCUACUUGCUAGGAAUCUUUUUUUCGUGACGGUACAUGAAGAUGGCGACGGGGACGGGUUGGCAGCAGCCGUACUCCGCUGCUCAAGGCAACAAUACCCCUGCUGCUACUGCCUCUGGGUCAGCGACCAGUCCACCCUCCACAUCCAGCAAUUUACUGUACGAUUCUGCCCUGACCAUGGAAUACACUCAAGAUCUGCACCUGAAGAUGAGUAAAAAAAUAGCACAACUCACUAAGGUCAUUUAUGCCCUCAACACAAAAAAUGACGAACAUGAAGAUGCCAUCCAGUCUCUGAAGGAGGCCCACGAUGAGGAGGUCCAGCACAUCUUGACAGAGACACGGGACAAGAUCCUCCAUUACAAGAGCAAGGUCGGCGAUGAGUCUGACCUGAAACGGCGCCUGCAGUCCCUGGAGGAAUCCGUGGAGCUGCAUGAGCACAUGAAACGUCAAGCACUGGCCGAGUUUGAGAUGUACCGCCAGCGCAUGGAGGACACGCAGUUGUGCACAGAGGCCCAGCACACUCAACGCGUGGUCUCCAUGUCCCGAGAAGUGGAGGACAUGCGGCAUGAGUUCGAGGAGAAGCUACGGUCCUUCAGCCAGGUUCAGGCCCAGUUUGAGCAGGAGAAACGACGGGCACUGGAGGAGCUUAAAUCGGCCCAUCGGCAGCAAGUAAAGGAUCUGCUGGAGAGCCAGCAGAACCAGAGUGCCUCUUCCAGCCUGGAGCAGGAGAAGUUAGCUGAGCUCCACCGUACAGAGCUGGAAUCGCUCAUGGAGCGUGUUGAGGAGUUGACACAGGACAAGGUCAGGCUGGUUGAGGAAUAUGAGGCGAAGUUGAGCAAAGCUCAAGGGUUCUAUGAACGCGAGCUGGAAGCCAUGAGGCGUACGCAACAGCUCACCACAGAGAAUUUGCUGGCUUGGAAGAGGACAGAGGUGGAACUGAGGAAGGAGUUUCAGCUACAGGAAGCGGCACUCCAAAGGACCUUAUGUAAACUCCGUGCUGAAUUGCACAGAGCUCAGGAGGUGGCGCGAGAGAGCAGGGACAAGACUAACAGACUGCAGGCAUCUCUCAACAAUGCAGAGGUCACAAUCAAUGAGUUACAUAAGCAGCUGGAAGAGGCCAUUCAGGAUGGAGAAAUUUGGGUGAUGCAGUUCAAGGAUACAGAAUAUGAGCUGGAGGGAAGCAGAGAUCGAGUUCAGCAGCAGGCCAAUGAAAUCCUUCACAAAGCCAGUCAGAUAGGCUCUCUUCAAGCAACCCAAAUGAGCCAUGAGGCCACCAUCAGGGACUUAAGCUCUGAGCAGAACCGACUAAAAGAGAAGAUCCUACAAUUAGAGGAGGAGAGAGAGAGUCUUCAGAAACAGAUGAAAACACUAGAAGAACAGCAGCACCAGAAAAUCCUCAACCUGGAGAAGUCACUUUGUGAGGAAAAACAGACCCAUGAGAUGGAGCUGGCACGGGUCAGAGCCAAAUUUGAGGAGGAAACGAAUUGCCUGAAAGAGAGCCAGACAAAGGCUGUAGAGGAAGUCAAGGAGAAACACAGAGUCCAGCAGGAGAGCGCACGCAAUGCCGCUGAGAGAGAGAAGAACCAGUUACUCAAUGAGAUGAGACAGCAGUUUGAGAUACGGUGUCUGUCGUUGGAAGAGCAGAGAAACCACCUUCAACAGCAAUUGGAAACUAUACGAGAGGAACUGACAACCAAGCUCAAUAUGGCCAACCAAGAGGUGGCUCAUUUGAAAGAUCUGGUGAAGGAGAGUGAAGAAAAUCUGGAUAGCGCUGAGAGCCACAUCUCCUGUCUUAAAGAUAGCCAGGAAAAUCUUCUUAUUGAGUUGGACGCAACCAGGGCAAGAGUGAGAGAGACAAGCAACCUGCUCACAGAUCUACAAGAGGAAAUAGAGACCCAGAAACAGCAGCACGAAGCCAGGGUCAUCACAAUCAAAACGGAGGAGAAACAGAAAAUGAACAAAAUCACAGAGGAGCUGGACCUCAAGUGGACCGAUGCUCUAAGGGCUGAGCUGAAAGGUUUGCGGGAAGAGCUGACAGCCGAGUAUCAGGCAGAGAAGCAGGUAGCGUUGACGCAACUCUCCCAGCAGAGAGACCUGGAGAUGAUGGCAGCCAGAGAAAGCUGGCAGAGAAAGGUUGAGGAUCUCCUGGAACAGAUCUCUCUGUUGAAGCAGAGCCUAGAACUGCAGAUGUCUCAGUCAAAAAGUGCACUGCAGCAGUUGCAGGCACAGUUCAGUCAGGAGCGCGAGCACCUGGCACAGCAGCUGCAGGAACUGUCACUGGAGCAUCAGCACAGAGAGUGCCGCCUGCAGGAUGCCCACUGCUGUGCAUUGCAGGAUAUGGAAGAUGCGCAACAGAUCGAGCUUAGGGAGCUUGAGGAUCGUCUAAAGCAGGAACAGAGAGAGGAGUUACAUGGUUUGAGAGAAGCUCACAGACAGACCCUGGAUAUCCUGCAGCAACAGGCAGACCAAGAGCUGCAGACGCUGCGCUUUGAGCUGGAGGAUGAAGGCAAAGCCAUGCUGGCUUCCCUGCGCUCUGAGCUCAAUCAUCUUCACGCCACUGCCAUAGAACACCUUAGACAACUCCACUUGAAGGAGAACAACGCCGCCAAACGAGAGAUGGACGACACUAUUGAGCGCUGCAAACAACACGAACAUGAUCUCCUGGGCCGUAUAUCUGAUCUACGACAGGAAGUGAACUGUAGGAAGAACCGGAUCGCUGAUCUGGACCAUGAAAUCCACUCUCUCAAUGAGACCAUCAGCACACUGACCAAGGAGCUGGAGCUUAAAGGGAAGGAAGUUCUGCGGGCCCGUAGUGAAGCCAACCUGCAGAUCAGGGCUCAUGAACAGGAUCUCUCAAAGCGAUUGGAGAGGGAGAUUGAAGAACUGAACGCAUCUCAUAACAGAGAGACCCAGAUCAUGCUGUCAGAUUUUAACAAAGCCCAGGAGCUGCUGAAAGACAAGAUCUCUGCUCUGCAGAUUCUGUUGGAAGGAACAGAAGAAAAGUUCAGAAACAGAGAAAGCAGAUCAGAAGACCUUCAGGUGAUCGCUGAUCUCAGAGAAAUGGUGUCAGAGAGAGAGACCCUGGUCAAGAAGCUUGUGGAUGACAAGAAGUUUUAUCAGCUGGAGUUGGUGAAUCGAGAGCCUGGCUUCAACAAGGUGUUCAACACCAAUCCCAAUGUCGGGGUCAUAAACCCCCUUAUAAAGCCCUCGUGAGACUGAGGAUUCAACCGUAGCACCAAAAGAACAGCAACUACAAGAGCUAUUUUCACAGUACUUCUCCUUUUAAAUUUUCUAAGACACUCAACUGAAGAGCAUGUGAAACUGCAGUUUUCAAUAGUCCAUUCGUCUUUCUUUGAUAUAUCUCACUGUGAUUUUUAUUUUCCCUUUUGAUAUGAGCAUUUAUUCAAUAUAAAAUGAGAUGCACAUCCAUUUCAUAUACUAUUCAUAGAAAUUACUUUUGUGUUGCCAGUUUUUAAAAUAAAUU